AUGCUGCUCCUCGCCGUCAGCGGCCUCGUGCCUCCGCUCCGCUCGCUGCCGCUACUCUCGCGCCACGCAUACUCCUCCUCGAGCGGCGCGGCCUUCCCAGAGUCGACCAGCGAGGAUGGCACCGUCCACGUCCUCCACGGCCUCGUCUCGCCGGGAAGCCUCGCCGCGCUGCGCGAGGCAGCGCGCGAGGCCAUGUUUGAGUUGGAAGGCGACACGGUGGACGGCUCUGCCACCUACCUCGCUCCGCUCAUCGAGAGCGGCCGUGUCGUCGGCCGCGGCCCGCUCACGCGCCUCGCUCAGCCCGUGCUCGAGGAGAGGGUGCUUCCGUACGUGCGAGAGCGCACUGGCUGCGGCGGCGCGGUGGUCUGCGACGCGCUCGUGCGCCGCUACCUGCCCGGCGAGCGGCUCGGCCUCUCUGCGCACUUUGACGUCUCCGCCUUUGCGACCGCCGUGCUGCCGCUGUCGCCACCGGGUGAGUACGCCGGCGGCUUCUACGUGCAGUCAGAGGCGCACGCGUCGUCGCGCCGCUUCGUCCCGCUCGGCGAGGGCGACCUCUGCAUGCACCAGUACGACGUCAUGCACGGCGUCGACGUGCGCGGCGGCGAGUGGCUGCGCUCGCCCGCCGGCCACCCGCACGCGCAGCUGUGGGCGGCGACACUGCGCGCCAACGGGGAGGGCGUAAGCGGCGGCGCGGACUACGGCGCGGCGCACACCUUUUGGGAGGCUGCGGCGGCGCAGGGCCUGGCGGGGGCGCAGUACUCGCUCGGCAGCGCCUACAAGCACGGGCACGGCGUGGCUGCCUGCGAGGCGACGGCGGCGAGGCACUACGCCGCCGCCGCCGCGCAGGGGCACGGGUGCGAGAUGGUGCGGAGUGCGCCCGAGCAGGCCGUCGCUCGGCUGGCGUGCGACGUCCUCUCGCGCGGAGGCCACAUCGGCCCUCUCCGGUGCGGCGUCCGGCCGGACGGAGUGCGAGGUCUCUUUGUGGCGCAGGCUGUGCGUGCCGGCGAGGCCUCUGCCCCCGACGAGGCGUUGGAGGGGGGAGGGGCGAGCGGGUCGUGCUCCGCCGUAGGCACGCCGCUGCUCGGCGCUUGCAUCCCGUUGCUGCGCGACCGCACUGAGGAAGAGCUCGCCACGCUCUCCUCGCCCGCCCUCGCCUCCGCCGCGCGCUCGCAGCGCGCGUGGGCCGAGGCGACGGCGGAGCGGGUCGCACGGCGGGCGGGCGCGAGUGUCGAGGAGGCGGACUGGGCCGAGCGAGUCGUGCGGACGCGCGCGAUCCGCGACUCCGCGCCGGACGGCUCCGCGGCGCUGCGGCUUGUGCCGCUCCUCGACCUUGCAAACCACCGGGGAGGGGCGGGCGGCGGGGCGGACCCGAUCGUGCGCACGGGCGACGGAGUGGUCGCGCUGUGCGCCACCGAGGAUUUGGUGGCGGGCGACGAGGUGACCUUCUGCUACCGCGUCGGCAUCGGGGCGGACGAGCUGCUGCUCGACUACGGGAGCGAGGAGGCGAGGAGCGAGGAGGAGCACGCGAGGGAGGCGCCGCUGCUAAGCGCAGAGCAGUGCGCCUCGCUGGUGGAGGAGGCGGCGGCGGCGAUGGCGGCGGGCUCGUCGUCGUCCUUCACGUACACGCGCAACGAGCGGCUCGGCGAGGUGCACGUGCACGACUUGCCGCAGGCGAGGGAGUGGCUCCGCGCCGAGCUCCGCCGCUCGCUCUUCCCGCUCCUCGCAGAGCGCUUCGGCGCAGAUGCCGCCGCCGCCGGCGGAGGCUUCCGCGCCGAGGAGCUCGCGGUGUACGACGCGCUCGUGAUCCGGUACGAUGCCGCGAAGGGCGGGACGAGGCAGCCGAUGCACCGCGACGCCGCCCUCCUCUCGGUCAACAUCGCCCUCUCUUCGCCCGACGAGUACGAGGGCGGAGGCACUCUCUUUCAGACGGUCGGCGGAGGGCCCGUCCGGCUCGGCCGCGGGCACGCGAUGGUGCAUGCGAGCGGCGUGCGGCACGCGGGCGCGCCCAUCACCGCGGGCGAGCGGUGGGUGCUCGUCGUCUUCGCCCUCGCCGAGGGU